AUGGAACGCCCACAGCUGCAUCAGCCUGCCCAAAUGGCACGCCCCUCCGACUCGGCACGUACUCCCUCGUUUGCACACAUGGCCACCCCGCAGGCGUCCGGCUCCCACCUCCCCGCCUCGCUCGGCAUCGGCACGGGCAAGCCGCCAGCCAAAUCUCUCAACGAACGUCUCCGCUUCUCCAAGCAUCAGCCUGGCUCCUCACAAGCCCCUCGCUCCGUCUCCAACGACGGCCUCCACUUUCCCGACGCAAGCCGACAUGGCCGCACCAUGAGCGAGUUCGGCUCCUUCCCCUCCAUCCCCACUUGGGCACCGCAAACGCAAUCCGACUCCACCACCCCUUCCAGUCCUGCAGCCCGCCUCCCCACCAGCAGCAGCACCGGCUCGCUCGGCUCCAUCUCCACCUCCAACUCCUCCUCCUCGCGCAACUUUCUGGUGCCCAUCGGCGCUACUGGCGCUCGUCAGAAACUCUCCAUCGCAAGUGCAUCCCAGCGCCGCCGCCUCGCCGUCUCGGACGAUCCAAAAUGGUCGGCCGUCUCGUCGUCUCCGCAUACAUCCGAAGCGCAGUACCAGGAGCACCCGCAGCAGCAGCAGCCUCUCACCAACGGCCACACACUUUCUCGCUCGCAGUCCGACCACCCCUCUCUCGCUCCAGAUGCUGGCUCCAUCGCGCCCAGCAUGAAUCGCUCAUCCUCCCUGGCAGUCCUUCCCAACAAGCCGGCACACCACGCUGUCAAUGCUUCAUCAACUGUGCCACCUUCGUCCAGCACACCCGCAGAACUCGUUCAGCAGGCCGCUCUGCAGCGCCUCUCGAGCCAGCGCAUCCUCCCCGCACCCAAGUCUCGCACCACAUCCGACAACAAUCUCGCGGCUCGAUCUCUCGCAGACCGCGCUUCGUCUCCAGCAGCACGCCAAAUGCGCCCCUCCCACAGCCAAGAUUCAGCCACCUCCACGCCGGAAAGGCGGCACGAGCCAGUGUCCACUCCCUCGGACGCUGUUGCAGCUUCAUCCUCCGCCCAGGCCACAUCCGUCGCAGUGCCAGACAGGACCUCUUCCAAUUCAGCAUCAAAGCCAGCCGCCACAGCCAGCGAUCAGCCUCAGUACCGAGUCACACCAUCCUCUGUGUUCGGCGAUGCAAGCACCGGCCAUUCCAUCACUUCCAAACCACUCACCCUGGCCGAGUCGUACAAGCGGGCCAUGAUCGAACGCGACGCAGAGAGAGCAAAAACCUCCCCUCGUACAACCGCACCACGUCAGCAUCCCGCCACUCCGGCUUCUUCGUCAGCACGAGCCGCACCUUUCCUCGACCUCGAUCUGCCCAGCUCCAGCUUCACCUUUGACGAUCCAGCUUCUGCCAGCCAGGUCAGCCCCAAGCACCAACCUCCACCCGCAGCCCAACCUCGCAACGGCGACACUACGGGACGUGCCUCGGCCAGCCCGGCUCAAGAUGCGCCAUCUUCGGCCGACGGACGCAGCACCAAUCGCAGCGCCACGCUCGCCGAUUCCACGCCACCUCGUGCCGCCUCCGAUCUGCCUUCGCUUCAGAGAUCCUUCGAGGAUGCAAUGGCCGUCCAAGAUCGCAUACGUCUCGCUCAGCAAGACGAGCCGGCAUACGGCGGUCUCUUCGACGGUGACGCUUCGCCUUUCGCACCAUCGCAACGCGAUCUAGCAUCCCUCGCUCGCUCAUACCUGGCUCUGCGCGACGACGAAGACGAUGGUGCCGCCCAUCGAGGCAGGGACCUGCCUCCGAAGAUUGCAGCAACCGAGUCACCGCACCUCGAACAGCCUCAGAAGCCGAUCGCCAACCCGCCUGCGGCUCCAGCCUCCCCACGAACGCCGCCCGCGGACAGAAGCUUUGUGCAGUUCAACACGCCAGAAGACGAGGCCGUCACGCCAAAGACCGAGCUCGACUCGUACAACCUCACGCCAUCCCGCAGCGCUGCACCAUCCACCAGCGCCUUGACAGCCCAGCAGGUCGAGCAAGAGCAACCGCGCCCCAGCAUUCCCCGCGAAUCUUCGCUACAGACCUUGCGCUCGCCUCCCAACAAGCUCGAGGCACAGCCGGGUCCGCGCGAAGAGGCCGCGCUGCGAGCCGGCGCCACAGCAGCUGCAUCUACGUCCCCUCAGGUGUCGAUCUCAGAGGCAGAUACCUCCAUCACGUCCGACACAGGAUCGCAGGCCGCCAACGGCGUCAACGGCGAACGCCCCAUGCUCGCAGCCAAUGACGAACCCUCCGACGGCUCGCGCUGGAGACGAGGCCAAGAUGCGCUGGCAGCUUUCUCACCGGCUCAGCAGAGUCGCUUCUCCGAGGCGAGCACGGAUCUCUCCGACUCUCGCGCACCCACUCGAAACGAGAACCGCUUCUCCGGCAGAGCUUCCAGCAUCUCCAGCGAAGACGGCCUCGAGGAAGAAUCGAGCGAAGCCCACUUGCUGCCCACCAGCGCAUGGCAAGAGGUCGAGAAUGCACUCCGCCGCUUUCGAGACCGCGCUGCGGGCGCUCCCGCCGAUCGCGGCAACCUCUUACGCGCCAUCCUGCUGCCUUUCCUUGCACUCGAAGCCGAGACGGCCACCGUUGACGCCGUAGGUCCCGGUCCGUAUGCCAAGGGAAAGGCGAGACGCGCGCUCUUCUUCGACUGGAUCCGCUCCCUGCUCCUCGAACUGCAGCACGUGCAGACGUCGGCGGAUCGCGGCGCCAUCUUGGAGAGCAUCGCCUGCAUCAUCGAGUCUCGCAACUUCUCGGCGCUCAUCCUCAGCUCCGAUCCCGAGGACGAGGCACGCUUCUCGUCCGUCUUUGGCCACAUCCUCUCGUAUGCCAUCGGCGAGCUCAACAAGAAGGGCGUGUAUCAGAAUACGCUCAUCUUCUCGGGUCGGCUGCUCGCAGUGGCGUUCUUCCGCAUCAACGGCGUGGCGAGCAAGCUGCUGCGUGCUCUGCCCGUCAACCGUUUUGCGCUCGAGCGCGUCGCCCGCGAGUUUGACUGGCAGGCCAAGCGGCCCACCGAUUUCACUCGAUUCGUCAGUCGCUUUCCCGCCACGCUGCGUCAGCUGUGCUACAAGGACUCGCGCGACUAUCUCAAGAUGCUCGACAGCGAGUCAAUCGGCAGCGGGCCCAACGGCGCAGAUUCGCCUUCGCCCGAGGGCGACCGCUUCCUGGUGUGCCAGCCCGAAGUCGAGGUCGAGAUGUCCGGCAACUGGUUGCGCCGCUGGCAAUCCGACGACUCGGAGCUCUUCUUCAGCUUUUGUCGCAGCUACCACCGCCAGCUCGCAAGCCUGUUCGCGAGCUCCAAGUCGCUCGAGAGUGUAUCCAAGUACUUCUUUGGCGGACCGGGCUACGCCCAUCUGGCGACGUGCGUGCAUCAGAAGUGUCUGGCACUGGUGCACCGCGUCAUCCUCUCGGUCACCACGCUUUCGUCGCAGAAGAACUUCAACCCGGCAGGCGAGACGGCCAACGUGCUUUCCGGAAGCACCGCAGGCAAGCCGCGCAUCCUCGAAGCCGCCAAUCGGCGAUGCACCGCCAUCGUGGUCGACAUUGUGCGCGCGCCGGCCGGCUCCAACAUGAUGUUUGCACCCAUGCUGGGCCUGCACAUCAAGGCGCUCAUCAAGCGUACCUCGCUGUACGACGUGCAGGGCGUCUUCUGCCUGCUCGACUGGCUCGAUGGGGUCAUCAGCCACAUGGACUCGAACGAUCUGAUCAACGAAGGCCUGGUGGACAUCUCGUUCAUCAUCACUACGAUCGGCAUGCUGCUCGAGAAUGCAGACCAUGCGCUUGCGCUGAUGCGUACGAUCGCCUUUUGCUACGCCAACUUUGGCGUGCUCACGUCGACGACGGAGAACCGCAUCUACUUUUGCGAGCAGAUCCUGCUCAAGCCGAGCGUCUUCCACAAGCUCUUCCUGUCGUGGUCGUUUACCAUCCGAGCGUACUAUCUGCAUCUGCUCGUGUUCCGCCUGGCGCGCAUCCGCGACUUUCCGACGCCCGGGGACGAUGCGCACGGACGUACGGCGGUGCGUGUGGUGCGGCUCUUCAACCAGCGGCUCGAGGCGCUGCGGAAGCGGCACAAUUCGCUCUCGCCCGAGGCGGACUCGAGCUCGGACGACAACAAGUCCGAGGACAGCAAGUCGCGCAAGUCGGGCACGUCGACGUUUGUGAGUACGAUCAAGCGCGCCUCGACCGACGGCGGCGCGAGCUCCGAAGGCAGCGUCGAGGGCCGGCCCAAGGCGGAGAAGAUCAUGGGCAUGACCGCGGUGGAUCCUUCGGCAGCGGCGGCGGCGAGCAAGGAGGCGAAGAAGUCGUCGCACUCCAAGACCAAGACCAAGAACUGGCUCAAGGCGUUUCGGGGCGGCUCGAGCAAGCAGGAGGCCAAGCAGGAGUCGGGUCGCGGUGUCAAAUCGCCGCGAAGCGUGGGCGUGUUUUCGCCGACGACUGGCAAGGUGGUGGCGCCCGAGUCGGACGACGACAGCAAGACGAUCGGAAGCACGCGAACGACGCCGCGCACGUCCUUUGAGUCGGCAAGCUCGGACGCCAUGUCGGACGUCUCGACGCUGGCUGGAAGUGUACGCGGCGGGAGGAGCUCCAAGAACGGUAGCGGCGCGUUCGAGUUUGACAUCAAGCAGCAGACUGCUACAUCGCAGCAGCAGUCGCAGCAGCCGCAGCCUCAGCAGCAGCAACAACCGGGUAGCACAGCGAGCACGGCGAGCACGACGGGGCAUGAUGCGGGGAUUGCCAAGGACACGGUGUUUGACCUGCAGUCGACGCACGCGCACCAUCCACCGACGCCGGGGCGCACGCCGCAGUCGCCGCGGAUCAGCAAGGCGUUUUCGCGGCGCGCGUCGAUGCUGCCGGGGCCGGCGUCGGAGCUGGUGGCGAGCAUGCUGGAAGGCGCAGACGACGAGGUGCCGCCGGUGCCUGAUCUGCCGUUGGACCAGCUUGGGCUCGGGCUGAGCGGCAUGGGUGCGUCGAGGCUCGAGGUGUACGACGAGACGCUGCACAUCUAUGCGGUGCAGAGUCUGCGCGAGUACGAGCAGACGGUGCAGGAGCACGACGAGUUUUUCGCCUCGCUGCCCGAGGAUCAGUCGACGCAGGUGCCGCGUCUGCCGGUCAAUUGGCCCGCCAUGUGGUCGUCGACGGGCGAGUGA